AUGAGGGCGGAGUCUGGUGUGGUGCGCUGGUCAAAGCCCCUUCGAGCAGAAGAAACCAGCUCAAAGACAAACAGCAGGAAUGUUUUUAACACUCUUAUCUUUUCAGUGCUGGACCAGCUCCUGGUGGAGCUCCACCGCUUCCUGCUUAUCCUGGACAAAGAGAACCUGAGCGGGAACGCCACCAUCCAGAAGGGCAUGCUGUCUGACCUCCUACAGUCCUACAGAGCUUCCAGCGGUGGUGAUGAAGAGUACAUCUACAUGAACAAAGUUAUUGUUAUUGGAAAGGACAAAGAUGACAAAGAUGACAGAUCAGACGCGCUGGUCAAUGGAAAAGCAACAAAACAUGCCCCCGUCCCACAGAAGAGUCUUCCUGAGCUGCCGCCGCCAAGAAUAGGUUUGGCGGGUCGGGAGCCGUUCUCUUUGCCUGCAGUUCCACCAAGAGUCAGCAUAGACUCUUCUGAGGGUUACUACGAAGAGGCGCAGCCUUAUGAAGAAACUAUAAAUGAUGAUGGGGAGGCUGUCAGCAGCUCCUACGAGUCUUACGAUGAGGAGGAGGUGACCAGGGGAAAGUCACCGUCUGCGCGGCACCAGUGGCCCUCAGCGGAGGCAUCCAUUGAGCUGAUGAAGGACGCUCGGAUCUGUGCCUUCCUGUGGAGGAAGAAGUGGUUGGGUCAGUGGGCCAAACAGCUGUGUGUCAUCAAGGAACAUCGUCUGCUGUGCUACAAAAGCUCCAAAGAGCAAACUCCUCUGCUGGACGUGAGCCUCCUGGGCUGCAGCGUGGUCCACAAGGAGAAGCAGCUGAAGAGGAAGGAGCACAAGCUGAAGAUUGUUCCGGUUGGAGGUGAGGCCAUCGUACUGGGCCUUCAGAGCAAGGAGCAGGCGGAGCAGUGGCUGAAGGUGAUCCAGGAGAUUAGCCCCAAGCCAGCAGAGAACUGUGACCUCCAGCAAUCCGUGUCUGAUUCACCAAGGCUCAUCUGCACUAAGGGAGAGCUGAGUGACAGAUUCUCAGUGGUGUCAGAAAGCGGCAGCAGCACAGACAGCCACGUCGAAACUCCGGAAAACAAAGAUGUGAAGAAAAAAUAUAGCGCGGGUCUGAAGUUCAGCAACUUGAUGAACAUCGGCAAGAAGAAAGUGUCGUCGUUAGAGAGCCCAGAGAAGUGUGUAGACACCUCAGGUUUCCUCAAUGUCCUCGUCAACAGUCAGUGGCGGACAUGCUGGUGUCUCAUCAAGAAUGGACAGCUGUGGUUUUACUUGGACAAGAGCAAGACCAAAGUGAGCCAGCCGGCCGUGACCCUGGAGGGCUGCAGUGUGGUGAUGGACCCCAGCCCCGAACACCUCUACUCCUUUAGGAUCAACAUGGAUGGAACGCAGCUGGCAACCCUAGAGGCGAAGACUUCAGCAGACAUGGGCCACUGGUUGGGCCUCCUCCUGUCUCAGACCGGGUCCAAAACUGACCCGGAGGAGCUGAAUUAUGACUAUGUGAACUCUGAGAGGAUCUCAAGCAUUGUAAAUGCAGCCAAUGCUUCCUUAUCCUUGAUGCAGAGGAGGUAUUCUGAGCCAAACACCUACAUAGAUAACCCGCCCACCGCGUCUCAUAACUCUGAUGAGCUGUACGACGAUGUGGCUUCAAUAGGAGCAGAUCCAGAGGAUGGUGAGGAGAGCGGCCUACCAGAAGGGGAAGAAACCCUUCAGGAUCACCAUGAAACAUGCACACAGGAUACCAGGGAUACAGGGACACAACAGAAUGGUGGAAACAAAGUUUAUCUGGAUCUAGUCCCUGUGCACUCUUUUCUCCAUACAAGCUGUGCAACUAAAGUCCCCUCUGCCAAAGAAGAUUCUACACAAUCCCCUGUUUCUGCAGAACUGGAGCCCCCGCAACAGAUUAGAGAGGUCUAUUCAGCAAAUGUUUCUGAACCAGAGGUAGCGCCUGUGGCAAACAGCACCACAAGCAAAUCUGAGCAAGAGCGCCCCCUCUCUCCCAGUCCACUGCAGGCACAAACACAUCUGAAAACCUCCUCCCAAAGCUUGGAUUCCCCUCACAGAGUAAAUGUAGGAACUCCACAGGGCUUCAGUCCCUCUGGGGGCCAGAACCAUAAAGCCAUCCACAGCCCACAACCGCCUCGAGGGAGAAGCACCAGCAGUGGAGAGUCCGUCGGGUCUUCCAGUGCAGUUGAAGUGAAAUUAGGCAAAAACCGCACAGAAGCUGACAUGCGACGCUACAUUGAUGAGCGCGACCGUCUGGAGAAAGAGAGGGAGGACGUGAGGAGCAAUCUGGCCAGCCUGAAGAAGGAGAGAAGGGAGGCCAAGGAGGAGCUGAGCGUCUGUCAAGAUCCCAAGCAGCACGCCUCACUGGAGGCCAUCCUGAAGGAGAAGGAGGAGGCGUGUCGCGCGGCCGAGCGCGACAGGGUCGAAGUGGAGCUUCGACUGGUCGAAGUAAAGGAGAGUCUAAAGAAAGUGGAGUCGGGGCCUUUUACACUGGGAACCACACUGGACAGCAGUCUCCAGGACACACCUGAGAAUAAAGCGGUGAACCUGCCUGUUUCCCAGAUGUCCUCAUCCCAAACAUCCAGUAGCGGUGUGAGUGUAGAAUCCUUCUCCCCCGUCAACUCUGCUUCUGCACUGAAGAACAGACCCACCUCCAUCAUGGCUACUAAAGGCAACGUCCUGCAGAAAGCUAAGGAGUGGGAGAAGAAAUCCACCAGCUAGGAGGAGCUCUACAUACCCUCUGAUCCAUUGUGACCUUAGAGGUCAACCCAUUUUUUCAGCAUAGUUGCUGUGCACUUCAAGACCCUCCUCAGCAAGGAGACAUUUUUAAUUUCAAGAUGUUGUUCUGUGGAUCACUCAGAACUUCUUGCCAAGAAAAAAAAGUAAAUCACAAGCACAGUCUCCUCCAUUACCACUGGAUCGGUUUAUUUUUCAGUGACUAUUCAACUUCUUCCCUCUAUUUACAAAUUGAGGAAUUUAAUAUCGUAGCAUGUUGGACAGUGUAGCAUUGUUCUUUAAAAUAAUGUGCAAACUGUGCAUUUCAACACCACAAGUACCCGACAGCAGAUUUGGCCACUUUGUACAUUUCACAUUCUACCUUGGUUCAUAUAUGCUGGUAGCCAAGAUGUAAAUAUAUUGACAGCAUUAUUCAGCCUUUAGGUUGUAUUGCUAGCUAAAACUGCACUUUUGAGUCAAAUAAAAAA